AAAGUAUAAACUAUAGCUAAAACCUCGCUGUCUGUCUUUUUUUCUGCCUAUUCGUCUAUAACUAGGUUAUAUCUUAUGGACCGUUAUAAUUGGUCAGUUAAUAUUUUCACAGAAGCUGUAUCUCUGCUGCCGCUAUAGCAAUAAAUAAUAAAAAAAAAAAUUGGUCAGACAACAAUAGGUAGAUCAAGCCAAUCCGUAAUUCGAUGGGCAGCGAAGUUUUUUGCAGAUUUGCUUUUUUACAACCAAUUUGUACAAACUUACAUGUCCGGCAUUUUUUUUUUUAAUCCAAUGCAUAAUCUUAUUCCAUUUUUAAAAUCCAUCAACCAAUUUAGCGAGUUUAAUUUUAAAAAUAGAACGCUAGCAAACGGAUUAUAUAUGCACCAGUAUUCGCUGUAUAAAUUUGAAUAUAAGCAUUUUUAUCAAAGUUAAAACCGUUUCCACUAGAUGCAGUAGUCGAGCAUUUGGGACGAUGAAUAGUGUCGGUGCAGGAACAAUAAUGAAUGCUACAGAGACGAACCUUGAUUUCAAUAGAUCGACGCCUAUAUUUACUAUUGGGACCAACUUCAUUACUCAGUGGAAACUUCAGAAGUUCAAGCAGCGUCCAUGUAUAUCCAGCUUUACUGAAUGCGAAGAUUUCAUCAGUAAUGUUACUAAUUUCACCGAUAGCUACUACUUCAACUCUUCCAUUGAAGAUGUUCCGAGUAAUCAACCCGUUUUGCCGCCGUUUCCCAUGUGGCUGGCUUCCAUCAUAGCCGCAUGCUUGAUCCUGGUAAUCCUUCUGACCGUCAGCGGGAAUGUUCUGGUACUCCUUGCAUUUCUAGUGGAUAGAACUAUUCGUCAACCAAGCAACUAUUUCAUCGCGUCCCUGGCUGCUACCGAUUUAUUGAUUGGUACUUUAUCGAUGCCGUUCUAUACCGACUACGUUUUGAAAGGUUACUGGCAUUUAGGACCAUUACUAUGUGACCUUUGGUUAUCAGUGGAUUACACCGUAUGCCUUGUAUCACAAUACACAGUACUUUUGAUAACGGUCGAUAGAUUCUGCAGUGUUAAAAUAGCGGCACGAUACAGAGCAUGGCGAACAAAAAAUCGCGUUAUAUGGAUGGUCACAGUUACUUGGAUAGUGCCAGCCUUGCUAUUUUUCACUACAAUAUUUGGAUGGGAACAUUUUGUAGGUUACAGAGAUCUGCAAGAAGGAGAAUGUGCCGUACAAUUUCUAAAAGACCCUGUAUUCAACACAGCUUUAAUUAUAGCUUAUUAUUGGACUACACUAGUAGUAUUGAUAGUUCUCUAUGCUGGUAUUUUUAAAACUGCUUAUGACAUGCAAAAGAAGAGUGAAGCAAAACAAAGGAAAAUGCAGUCGAUGGUGGCGCUGAGUGCAGGCGUGAUGACAGGCAUGGCUGGCAGAGCAGCGGGCAUGGCAACGCUAUCCAAAGCUACUGUAUCAAGUGAAGAUCAAAUCAAGGUAUCAGAAACUAUUCGCAAAGAUUCAAUACCAAAAGGGUCUUUAGCUGCACCACUGUUGAAUUUAGGUGGUUCUUCAGAUUCUAAUUCCAGUCAAAAAUCAUCCGCUCAUAAAAGUAGCGCUACAGCAACAGGUACAACAACAACAACAGAAUCGGAGGCAGAUAAGAAAGACGAACAUGUUGAACCCGAAAGAUCAAGCAGUCCAGCCUUUGAUUCAGAUGACGAAAGUACUACUCAGACGAAUUUGAAGAAACGUUCUUCCGUUGCUAACUUGGUCAUGCAAACUAGUACAAUGCAAUUACUUAGUAACAUGCGUUUAAAUGGUGGUAUGCUCUUAAAACCUGAACCAAAACCAUCCCAGCCAAUUAAAUAUGAAAUUGAAAAACAAAAAUCUACAUUGUCUCAAAUAUCAGAGAAAAGUAUACUCGACAUAGAGAAUGCUCAAUCUCAAAAUGGACAAACACCUGCCGUAAGUGUGCUUCUUUCAUCCACUAGCAACAUGUCGCCUUCAUCAUCAGGAAUAGCUACACCAUUAGAGAGAGAAGUAUCAACCACAAUCGCUCAAAGAAUCAUUCCCCCUCCAUCAGAAUUCCGCAGCAGUCCCACGGUCUCUGAAAGUCCACCAUCUCAUUCGGAAUCAUAUAGAGCUAAGUUUCCUAAACCAUUUAAAUGUGAUGGAAGCGGGUUCGACAUCCUAACGGGACUUGAUGGUGCCGAUUUACGAUACAUGGAUGAAUGCUCAGUUAUUGUUCCUACACCACAAAAUGAAAGUCCACCAUCUUCUAUCACAUUUCCAACUGCUACUGAACCAUCAUCCCCACCUACAUUAAAUUCUGGUAAUGUAACAAAUACUUCCUUAUUGCAGGCUGCUCUUAUACGAGCAACAGCUGAAGCACAAGUAACACAACCCAAAUCAAAUGUAUCAAUUCCACAACCUGUUAAAGUUAAUACAGAGGUAAGUUUAACCACUGGAGAACGUCCAAAACCUGUCAUCACCCUUGUUACGUCUUCAUCUAAUAAUAACGAGACACAAACAUCAAAACCGUCUGAAAACAAAACUGCUUCAAUUAGACUUAAUACAGGUUUAAGUCCAGGAAUUGAAAAUAGUGAUAUAUCAAGUACAGCAGUAAGCGGGUCAUGUCGAGGUGAUUCUAGAAAAGAGCUAGUAAAAAGCAUUGGAAAGAAAUUCAAAGUACGGCGAUCCAAACGCGAUGGACUCUUUCCUGGUAUAGGAAGACAAAAGUCUAAAUCAGAAAAUAGAGCUAGGAAAGCGUUCAGAACCAUAUCUUUUAUUUUAGGCGCAUUUGUUGUUUGUUGGACACCAUAUCACAUAUUAGCGUUGGUUGAAGGUUUUUGCCGAAAUCCACCUUGCAUAAACCAGCAUUUGUAUAUGUUUUCCUAUUUCCUAUGUUACGCUAAUAGCCCAAUAAAUCCUUUUUGCUACGCGUUAGCGAACCAACAAUUUAAGAAGACUUUCAUGAGACUUUUAAAGGGCGAUUUUCACAUCACUUAA